AUGAUUUUUGAUGGGAUACGAUUUUUUGCUGGCAUUUUUGUCAUUUGCUGCUUGUUUAGAGACUGUAUUUGCCUUAAAGAAGUUAAAAUAGAUGUUCCUCAAGCAGUACUUAAAGGCCAUGAAGUGAUCUUGCAGUGCUUAUUUGACUUGGAGGGCGACAAAUUGUAUUCUUUAAAAUGGUACCAUAAUUCUUCGGAGUUUUAUAGGUAUACUCUAACUGGUGAACAUCAUGCAAAGCCAUUCAAGCUGAAAGGUUUCCAUGUAGUACCUGAACGUUCUAACGCUACAAGAGUAGUCUUAAAACAUGCCACUAGAGCCAUCAACGGAGGCUACAGUUGUGAGGUUACUGCAGAUCAACCCAGCUUCUUUACUGAUAUGAAAACUGCAGAUUUAGAAGUUGUAGAUCCUCCUGCAGCAGAUCCCUUGAUCACUGGAACGAAAUCGAGAUAUAAACUAGGAGACUAUGUCAAAGCAACUUGUUCGUCCGAAAAAUCGGAUCCAGCUGUUAAUAUAACGUGGUACGUCAACGGAAGGCCUAUGGACGGACCUCAUGUAAGAAAAUAUAGAAAGACAAUCGAAGGUAAUUACAUAAGUUCCUAUUCUACUGUCCAGUUCAGAGUAUCUGAACAACUUCUGGAUGAAGGCAAGCUCAAGCUUCGUUGCUCAGCUAACAUAUACAACGUAUGGCACAGAAGCCACGAAAAGUCUAUCGAACUGAAAAGGAGUAAGCACGACGAGGAUGAAUUUGCUCCUGCGUUUGUGCCUACGAUUACCAGCACUGAGUUUGCGCACGAGAAGUUUUGGCUGUACGUAGCGAGAGAUAAUCCAGAAGCUACAGAAUGGUCUUCUGCAGGCAACAAUAGUUCAACAAGUACGUCUAGACUGAAUCACGCAAUAAUUUUUGUUUCUGUUGUCGUUUAUAUGAGGUGAUGUUUUUAAAUUAAUUUAAUAUGUUUGUUCGUCAUGUUUUUAGUAUUCACCAUUCGUUCGAAGGUGUCAAAUGAAUGUUUUCGUACUAUGUAAAUCUUAUUUAUUUUUAAGAGGCGGUGACGUAUUUAACCGGUUUUUGGAGUUUAUGUACAAGUAAAACCAACAAUGGUAAAUUUUCGUCGCAAAUGAUUUUGAAGCGUCUGAUACUCGUCAGUUCAUAUUUUUGUAAAAACGAGUUAAAAUCUUGAAAAUAAUAGCUAAUAAAAAGUAGCUAAUACUUUAUUGAGUUGAAAAACAUUUUAACAAAUUAGUAAAACAAUAUAAAAUAGUAAAAAAAGUCAAAAGAAUAUAUUAUG